AUGCUGUGCGCCGAGGAACUGAUCGGCGGCUUCGACGAGGCGGACGCGUCGGCGUUCAAGUCGCCCAUCCGCAGACUCGGCUCCACCAGGAAGAUACUGUACUUCAACAAUAUCCGCCUCCAGUUAACGACCAUCUACGAUGUCUGGACCAGCCGAGUCGAAGCACAAGUAUCCUUGGUAUCCGAACUUCAAGAUUACUUCAGAAGGCGGGCCGAGGUAGAAAUGGACUACAGCAAAAGCCUGGAUAAAUUGGCUAAGAGCUUACAACUUCGCCACAAAGAACAAAAACAAAAGAGAGAGCAGUGGUCGUUGUUUACCAGCUACUCGUGUUGGCAGCAACUGGUGUUGCAAACGAAAAAUCUCAGUAAAGAUCACGGAGCGCUCAGUGAGCUUUAUUCCACUCAUCUAGUCAGCCGAUUGUCUCAGGUCACUGAAGAUGUGCAAAGGAUAUACAAAAGAUGCCGGGAGAUUUGUUACGAGAUACACGAGGAAAUAUUACGGGUUCUCCACGAACUGCAUACCACCAUGAAAACGUAUCAGUCGUAUCAGACGGAAGCCAAACAGGCAGAAGCGAAGCUAAAAGUGGCUGAAAAUCAAAGACUGAAAAUCGAACAGGCAGUUCCUAAAGAAAAACUCGAUAAGUCGAAAAAAGUUAGACUUAUUGGGAAAGAAGUUCAAAAAAGAAAGAACAAGUACUUCGAUGCCAAACUAAAAGCAUUGAAAGCUCGCAACGAGUACAUUCUGUGUCUGGAAGCAACCAAUAGCACAGUGCACAAAUACUUUGUAGACGACUUAUCCGACCUAAUGGAUUGCAUGGAUUUUGGGUUUCACCACUGCGUGACCAAAGCUUUAAAGAUGCAAACAUCGGCGGAAGAAGGCCGCAUUCAUUCCAUGCAAGCUGGCCUAGAUGCUACUAAUCUUAUUGUCUCAGCUAUGGACUCUGGUGUGGACAAACAACGAUUUUUAGAAUUUAACCACACGGCGUUCAUGAUACCUAAGAAAUUUGAAUUCCAAGGGCAAAAGGAUGAGUAUGCGGAACCAGAAUUGCAAAAAUUGCUCUGUGCUGAUAUGGAGACGAGGUUGGAACAACUGAACCAGAGAGUUACGAGCCUGCACACGGAGUCGGACGAGGUGUGGAAAACCCUCGCCACCGCUGAAAAAACUCUUCUGGAGAUGCUCACUGCCAACGACUACGACUGUAGCAAUUAUUUCGGCGAAAAAGCAAUUCCGACGAGCAAACCACCGGAAACCAUUAGUAUUAAGUUGCGAGCAGACAAACACGAGACUGAAGAAUUUUAUCUAACCAAACUACGCGAUUAUCUCAUGAGAACGAGUCGAAUUGUACGUCUAGAUGCCAAACAGCAGCACAUUAGCGAAACGUUAACGUCCAUAUGUUGCAAGCGUCCCCAAAAUGGCAACCUCGAUGUGACGCCCGCUAAACUUACGCCUCAGCGACCGUUGCACAAACCGAUUGUCCGGAGGAAGAGGAUCGGCAGGUUACAGAUGAAUGGUCAACCAAAACUCUUUGGCGGGUCACUGGAAGAAUAUUUGGAUGCGACGAAUCAAGAGAUACCGCUGGUAAUCAAGAGCUGUAUUCGAGUGAUAAACUUAUACGGUCUUCACCAUCAAGGAAUCUUCAGAGUGUCCGGCUCGCAGGUGGAAAUCAACAAUUUUAAAGACGCGUUCGAGAGGGGCGAAGACCCGCUUGCCGAUAUGACGGACGCCUCUGACAUAAACUCCGUGGCCGGAGUGUUGAAAUUAUACUUACGUGAACUCCGAGAACCUCUGUUCCCAAUUAUUUAUUUCGACCAAUUUAUGGAACUUGCCCAACUCGAGUCACGUCAUAAAUUUGUUUUGAAGAUUAAAGAACUUGUUCAAAGCUUUCCAAAUCAAGUGGUCGUCAUGUUGAGAUAUUUAUUUGCGUUCCUAAACCAUUUGUCCGAGUUCAGCGACGAAAACAUGAUGGAUGUUUACAAUCUGGCCAUUUGUUUUGGGCCGACAUUAGUGCCGGUCCCUGAAGAAAAAGACCAAGUUCAGUACCAGAACCUGGUCAACGAUCUCAUAAAAAAUAUUAUUCUAUUCCACGAAGACAUAUUUCCGUCUCUGUCGGAUAUCGGUGGACUUGUGUACGAAAAGUACAUAUCCCGCGAGCCCGAUGACGUGGACGUGGGCGAUUCACCUUCUGACCAUGCCACAGAGGACAUCGACUCUGAGGUUUACCCAUCAGAAGACGAAUGUGAAAGUCUCGAGGCUACAGCACAGCAUGAUUUUGUUGCUCGAUCAGAACGGGAAUUAAGUUUCAAGAAGGGUGAAACUAUUGCUCUUCAUACACAAGUUUCUGGAGAUUGGUGGCGUGGUUGUGUCAACGGUCGAGAAGGUCUUAUACCGGACAAAUAUAUACUUCUUAAGAUCAGGGACGAAGAACGCGAGAAACCUGCGGCCGAACCCUGCGCCAAGUCCAUCACGUCCUCGGACGAUUCGACCAGACGGCGGACGUCCAGCUCCAACGACUCGGUGCUGUCCGAGUCCGCUGCUUCCGGUUACUCGUCGCCGCCGCUGGCCGACGUGCCGUGGCCACCGAACUCGGCUGGCUCCGGGACAGGGGCCGGUGGCCGGAACUCGGCGUCGUCUUCGCCGCACCGCCGGGCCGUGGCCGACGCGCCCACUCACGAGAUGGGCAGCACCGACAGCUUGGACUCGGGAAAGGACUCGGCGUUGGACUCUGAGUCGCCACUGCACGACGGCAUCCCGAGGGCCAUCGCCCCGUGCAAGCAGCAGCCGCCGAUCGCGGAAGGGCGGCGGAAGAGGGUGGACAAGUACUCGGCGUCGUCGCCGCCACCUGUAGCGGCCCGCGAACACCACAACCGGUCCAAGUCGGCGGACUGCUGUGGCGUCGGUGGCGGCGACGAGGACGGUUCACGGGCCAGGACGCACGCCAAGAGCCUGAGCCUGGGCGACGACUCGUUCGACCACAAGAUCCAGCUGUGGCGGAAGCGGGCCGACUCGCAGGGAUCCAUCGACCGGAAGCCGCUCCCGGCCGUCCGGCACCAGCUCCAGCAACAAGCCGCCGACAUGAAGGGUACCGGCGGCGCCCCCGAUCUGGUCAUGGACCUUCCGGCCAGGACUACCGGCGGCGGGGCGGCUCCACAGGACCCGUCGGCGGUUACGACCCAAGAACCCGACAGCCCGGACAUGGGCACGGCUGCCGAGCGUUUCGCCAAGCAGAAUCAGUGCACGUUGAAGAAGUACAGCAAACCGUUGCCCGCCUUACCACAGCUGGCCAACGGUGGCGGCGACAAGCCAGAACUUCCGCCCAAGUCGACCAAGCCUCCGCUCAAGGCCAAGCCGCAGAUAUUCAAAAAACCAGUCUUCCUCGCGGCCGGCAAGGCGUGCAACGACGGACCGGCGCCACCACACCACCCUUAG